AUGUGGGUUUCAUCUCAGACUACCCCUUUUAGGUCAACUUACUAUUGUCCCUCUUGUUUAUCUUUUUCUUCUCAUUCUUCUUCUCGAAACUUUCGUUUUCCUCUUUCUUCUCUGUCGUUUUUUGCUUCAUAUGGAUCACCACAACACAGCAGAAGAAAAAUCAAAUCAAUCCAGACUGUGAACAAUGUCCUCUUAAAUAGCAAUUUGUCGAGUAAAUCGCUAAAGCGAAUAUCUUUUGGGUUUAAUAAAUGCAACGACACGGUGUAUAGUCGUAAUUCUCCCGUACAUAUUUCAGUUAUGAAAUUUUCAACUGCGUUGGAGGUAAUAAAUCAAAUAAGACGGAAAGAAGAUCUGAAUUCUUUGAGUUCCUAUGAAAUACAAGGUAGGAUGAUGCCGCGUUUGGGUCCUUGGGAUUACAGCUUAUCCAAAAGACCUCGUAGAAAAUUAUAUGGCAAUAAAAUUGGCUGGAACGAGGCUAGUUCUAAACUGGCUCAGAAAAAAAUGGAAAUGCAUGAUCCGGCUAAGACUAGUCCGUAUUCGUUUAAUACAAAUACAAUUGCUUGUUCUUCUAUAGGUCAGGAAUUGGCUGUUUCCAAAAAUGAAGGUUGCAAUGUUAUGCUGCAGGAUCGUGAGCCUGCCCCACCUUCUCUUCAACUAUCUAUAAUAGAAAACUCAAAGAUGUUGAUAGACACUGAAAGAGUUGAGACCGAGUUAGAUAUAUCUUCAUUCAAGAUCGGCGAAGAGAAAAUUGACGAGGUUAAUGGCAAUCACAGUAUGACUACAACUGCGGAAGAAGCGACUAAUGCAAAGUUGACGGUUACAAUGACACGCAGUGAUGAACAAUCAAAACUUCGGGAAAGGCUCUGUAGUGUCUACGAUAACAUAUUGGUUGUUAAUAACCUUUCUCAUGCAAAGAAAGUAGCUAAGAUGCUUACAGUAAAAUACAGGCAUCUUAUUCAUGCAUGUGAUACUGAGGUAUCAAAGAUAGAUGUCAGAAAAGAAACACCGGUAGAUCAUGGGGAGAUAAUAUGCUUUAGUAUUUAUUCGGGUCCGGAAGCGGAUUUCGGAGGUGGGAAGUCCUGUAUCUGGGUAGAUGUUCUUGACGGUGGAGGCGAAAAGAUUUUAAAUGUGUUUGCAGAUUUUUUUCAAGAUCCAUCCAUUAAAAAGGUCUGGCAUAACUAUAGCUUUGACUGUCAUGUUAUAGAAAACUAUGGAUUUAAGGUUUCCGGAUUUCAUGCUGAUACAAUGCACAUGGCGCGGUUAUGGGAUUCAUCAAGACGUUGGGUUGGUGGUUAUUCUCUUGAAGCACUUAGCGGUGACAAAGAGGUCAUGUCUAGGGCUAAUCUGAACUAUGAAAAGGAUUUGAUCGGUAAGGUGUCAAUGGCGAAUAUAUUUGGUCUGAGAAAGGCGAAGAAAGACGGAUCUUUGGGUAAAACGGUUACUAUUGAUCCCGUUGAAGUACUUCAAAGAGAAGAGCGAAUACCUUGGAUAUGUUACUCUGCCUUAGAUGCUAGAAGCACUCUGAAGCUUUACGAGAGCCUAAAGGGUCAUCUUUCAGAUUUACCUUGGAAACUUGAUGGAGAGCUCUUACGAGAAAACAUGUUUGAUUUUUACGAGAAAUUUUUGCAACCGUUUGGUGAGAUUCUUGUCAAAAUGGAAUCUGUGGGUAUGCUAGUGGAUCGGUUAUAUCUUCAAGAAAUAGAGAAGGUGGCGAAAGCAGAGCAACAGGCGGCUGUUAAUAGAUUCCGAAAAUGGGGAUCUAAGUAUUGUCCUGAUGUAAAGUAUAUGAAUGUCGGCAGUGAUGCACAGUUGCGCGUACUUCUUUUUGGUGGCACUUUGCACAGAAAAAACCACAACGCGGCGGUUCCAACUGAGCGGAUAUUCAAAGUUCCCAAUGUUGAUAAAGUGAUUGAAAAAGGAAAAAAGACUCCCUCGAAAUUACGUGAUAUUAAGUUGAAUAGCAUUGGAUAUAGCCUAAACGUUGACAUGUACACAGCUACUGGCUGGCCUUCAUGUAGUGGUGCCGCUUUAAAGGCGCUGGCCGGAAAAGUUUCAGCUGAAUACGACUUUGACCUUGAGGAUGAAGAUGGGAAUCCUUCUCAAAUUGAAGACGAACCUUUAGAAACAGACAAUUCUGCUUACGGAACAGCCUUUUCUGCUUUUCCAACUGAGGAAGAAGGGAGAGAAGCUUGUCAUGCAAUUGCUGCGUUAUGUGAAGUCUGUUCAAUUGAUUCUUUGAUCUCUAACUUCAUCCUUCCCUUGCAGGGAGAUAAUAUAUCUGGAAAGGAUCAACGUGUUCAUUGUUCCAUAAAUAUCAACACAGAGACUGGACGUUUGUCAGCAAGAAGACCAAGUCUGCAGAAUCAACCAGCUUUGGAAAAGGACCGAUAUAAAAUCCGUCAGGCAUUCAUAGCUGCUCCUGGAAAUUCUCUUAUAGUUGCUGAUUACGGACAGUUGGAACUUAGGAUACUUGCACAUCUUACGAAUUGUAAGAGCAUGUUGGAAGCCUUUGAAGCUGGCGGAGAUUUCCAUUCCAGAACUGCAAUGAAUAUGUAUCCAUAUAUCCGUGAAGCGGUUGAUAACAACGAAGUGCUUCUUGAAUGGUAUCCUCAGCCUGGUGAAGACAAACCCCCCGUUCCUCUCCUCAAGGAUGCGUUUGCUUCUGAAAGAAGAAAAGCCAAAAUGCUUAAUUUCUCAAUUGCGUAUGGAAAGACUCCUCAGGGUCUUUCUAAGGAUUGGAAGGUUUCUGUGAAAGAAGCUAAGAAGACAGUUGACCUCUGGUACAAUGAUAGAAAAGAAGUUUUGAAAUGGCAAAAGCAACGGAAAAAAGAAGCUUUUGAAUUCGGAUGUGUUUACACAUUGCUAGGACGAGCACGACGGUUCCCCGAGAUAUUCCAAGGUCAACACUACUAUAAAGGUCACAUUGAACGUGCUGCUAUUAAUACCCCAGUGCAGGGAAGUGCAGCUGAUGUGGCUAUGCUUGCUAUGUUAGAAAUAUCGAACAAUAAAGAGUUGAAAGAUCUUGGAUGGAAGUUACUUCUUCAGGUUCACGAUGAAGUCAUAUUGGAAGGACCAACAGAGUCGGCCGAAGUUGCAAAAGCUAUAGUUAUCGAUUGCAUGUCUAACCCCUUUAACGGUCAGAAUAUUCUCAAAGUCGGCCUCUCCGUGGAUGCCAAGUGCGCUAAAAACUGGUACGCUGCAAAAUAA